GUUGUCCUAAACGCCGCGCUCUGAUUGGACAGACGACUAAACCAAAUAAAGGAUACAUAUGUAUAUAUAUAAAUAUAUAUAUGAACGCACCACCCCACCCCCCAAAUUAGAAGUAGAAGCACCAAGGAGAGCUGCUGUGCUUCCGAAACAAAGUGCUGUGCCGAGAACCUUAUUGUGGGGGAAAAAGUCUCGGAUUCAGAAGAAGAGCGAUUUCACGCCAGGGGGAAGCGAGUUUAUAACGACAGGAGCGCGAUAAGCAAGCAGCGCGAGGGAUGGCGCUCGAUUUUGCGGCGGGGUGUCUCGGAGGGGCAGCAGGAGUGCUUGUUGGACAUCCCUUCGAUACAGUCAAGGUACGCCUUCAGGUUCAGAGUGUGGACAAGCCUCUUUACCGAGGGACGUUCCACUGCUUUCAGUCCAUCGUGAGGCAGGAAUCGGUCCUGGGACUUUUUAAGGGGAUCGGCUCCCCCAUGAUGGGACUGACCUUCAUCAAUGCUAUUGUGUUUGGGGUGCAGGGCAAUGUUAUGCGCCGACUUGGCAAGGAUACGCCACAAAACCAAUUCCUUGCUGGCUCAGCUGCAGGAGCCAUCCAGUGUGUUGUCUGUUGUCCAAUGGAGUUGGCCAAGACGCGCAUGCAGCUGCAGGGUACGGGGGAAUACAAGUCCAAGAAGCGCCUCUACAAGAACUCGUUGGACUGCCUUGUGAGAAUCUACCAGAAGGAAGGAGUACGGGGCAUCAACCGCGGCAUGUUGACCACCCUUAUGCGUGAGACGCCAGCCUUCGGCAUCUACUUCCUCACCUAUGACUACCUGACCCGCUCUUUGGGCUGUGACCCAGAUGACUCUUACAUGAUUCCCAAACUGCUGUUUGCAGGGGGCAUGUCUGGCAUCGCAUCAUGGUUGUCCACUUACCCUGCGGACGUGAUCAAGUCCCGGCUUCAGGCAGACGGGGUGGGUGGGGUGAACCAAUACAAAGGGAUCAUGGACUGUGUCCAACAAAGCCUCGCCAAAGAAGGCUGGCGAGUGUUCACGCGGGGACUGACGUCCACCCUCCUCCGAGCCUUUCCAGUUAACGCAGCCACAUUUGCCACUGUUACGCUCUUCCUCAUGUACAUGAGAGCUGAAGAAGGCGGCGUGAAGGAGUGUGAGGCCUCCCCCACAAUGCAGCAGCCCUCUAGUUUGUGAAUGGCACAGCUCGUUUUAUUAAGGAGUCUAUUUUUAUAAGCGAGGUAUCCAUGUAAAUAGGUCCCGUUUUUACGGCACUCGUGAGAUUGCAUAUAUUUAGUUUUUCUCUCUCAUUUUGGCCUUAUUUGCAAAAACUAGAAUUCCGUGUUCAUGUAAGCUCUUUGCAGUUGGGAAUGUCUUCUGUAAAUAUGAUCCGUUUUAUUCUUCUGCAACACAUUUUAAUCGACAGCUGGUGAAAGUCACCUAUGAGGUGUGCUCCACUUGCUUCUGUACAGGGGCUUUUUUAUUUUUAUUAAGCCCAUUUUUCGGACUGUCAUUCUGAGCUGCUAUUUUUUUUUUUUUAACUCUUCUGGAGUUAAUGGUUAACUCCAAAAACGUUUUAAACAAGUUAUAUUUUUAUCUUCCAUAUUUAUGUGUUAUGUGGAUGCAAAAAGGAAAAUACAAAGCACACUUUCGCAAAGAGUCUGAAGCAAUACAAGUCUCGGCAGAGAGACUGGCUUAGCUGGCAGGGCCAGCCAGACCACCAUGAAUUCACGUGGACAUAGCUUGGGGUGGUGCACUGGAGUGAUAAGGGUGCCAUUUAAGACGAGCAGAGAGGACGGCAGAGUGACUCGAACUGAGGGCGUCCUUCUCCCCCAAUUUUUACAUUUUUGUUAUUGUGUAAGAGGAUGGCACUGCUAAAAAUGAAAGGACAACUCCUGGAAGCAGCAGCCCGUACGUACCCUUCCACUGUCCACCAGUCGCCAUUCCCUACGUAGUACUGCAGCACACCAGGACUCAAAACCGUUUAUAGAGGAGAAGUUCCUAUUAUUGUGUUAUGUUGAUCAGAUUUUGAGUUAUUUUGACCGAAACCAUAUGGUCAAAGCUUAUCAAUGGUUCAAAAGAACCUUUUGACCAAGAGAAUAGUUUGAUGCUGUAUAUUUUAUUUUUAUGAAGAACAAAAACACACCGUCAAAAGGAAGGUCUGUUGCAUCUUCCACUCUUUAAAGUGAAGAAAGUAAUGAAUGGAGAUGUUGGCUGUUCUCCAUGGUGAGGUGAGUGUGGUCAGCAAGGUGGUCCGACGGGACUUUAAAGCUAAGUAUUUUAUAUUGGCGGUGUGAGGUAGGAUGGAGGUGCAAGCAAACAAUCCAGUAUUGUGUGUUUCUACAAUUACCAAAUAUGUACUGCAUUGUUCUGAACCUGUGUACCAAAGUAUUGUAUAUGACUGGAAACAAAGGAAGAAAUAAAAUAUUAAGGUAUUGAAA